AUGCCUCGUCAACGCCGCGGUGCCGCCCCUACCCCUGCGCGUAGCGCUCCCACUCGCCCUACCGCCGCUCCUGCUCGCGCGGCCGCUCCCACCCAGCAGCAGUCGCAGCCUCACUCGACCGCUGCUCACCCUCCUCAGGCCCAGCAGGCUCCUCCCAUGCAGCAGCAGAGCGCCGGCCCCGGUCUCUUUGCCAACAUGGCCUCCACCGCUGCUGGUGUUGCUGUCGGUUCCUCUAUCGGCCACGCCAUCGGUGGCAUGUUCGGUGGCGGCUCCAGCGCCCCCGCUGAGGCCCAGCAGGCUGCUCCCGCUCAGUCCCAGGCCAUGGACAGCGGUCUCUACCAGAGCAACGCCAACCAGUCUUCAUUCGAGAACCCCGCUUGUGAGGUUGAUGUCCGCAACUUCCGCAACUGCAUGGAUGAGAACAACGGUAACAUCGGUAUCUGUGGUUGGUACCUUGACCAAUUGAAAGCUUGCCAGGCUGCCGCCAAGCCUUACUAA